AUGCAUUCAAUCCUUCUGUUGACUGCACUCCUCUGUGCACUACCCUUUGCCUUGGGAUCACCAGUGAACCCGUUUAAUAAAGCUCAGAGUGAUGUUGGUAGAAAACUUGAACAAUACCUAGAGGGACGGCCUGCAAAAGUGCCGUUCAGUGAUCUCUUUGAGCCCAAGCCUAAAAUCUAUUACAAUGGAAAUGAAAUGGAAUUCUCAGACUUUCAUCACCACACUUUGGAAAUGCGCUACAAGCCACGAACCGAGAAGGAGGAAGACCCAGAACUGUGGCCGGAUGACAACGAAAUGAUCAAUCCACCCAAUUCAUACACACAUUUUUGGCAAUGGAAACAUAAUGUUGACGGUCAGACAAAGUAUGGGACUGGCAAAGCAAAAAUGUUGUCAGGCAGGCUAAUCUUUGACACAGUAGCACUUGUUGAUACUCAAGCUUAUAAAAAGUAA